AUGGGUGCCUUUUUGGAAAAGCCGCGCACUGACAAGACCAAUGAAUCGGGCUGCGGUGCUGGUUUGCGUUACGCGGUGGCGUCCAUGCAGGGCUGGCGGGUGGACAUGGAAGAUGCACACAUCUCGCGUACCGACUUACCAGAACCGUGGGUCGACUGGGCGUUCUUCGCCGUCUUCGACGGCCACGCUGGCAGCAAGGUUGCCCGCCACAGCGCCUCCAAGCUGCUCGAGGAAGUAUUGGACACGGUCGAGAUGCAACAGCUAGCAAAUGAUCUGAAAAGUAUACCUAAUCGUUUAGCAUCAUAUCUGCUAAUCAGCAUCUUCCUACUGCACGACAUCCUGUCGAACGAAAACGAGCGGUCAGGCAGCACGGCUGUGUGUGCGUUGAUCGCGCCGUCACACAUCUUCGUUGGCAAUCUGGGCGACAGCAGGGCGCUGCUGUCGCGGUCGAACACCGUGUUCUUUGCCACCGAGGACCACAAGCCGUACCUGCCGAAGGAACGCGAGCGAAUCGUCAACGCAGGCGGCUCGGUGAUGAUCCACAGGGUGAACGGCAGCCUAGCGGUGUCGCGCGCCCUCGGCGACUUCGAGUACAAGAGCGUCGAUGGUCUUGGCCCUUGCGAACAGCUGGUCAGUCCGGAGCCGGAUGUGUACGCUGUCAGGCGCGAGUUCCUGCAACCGUUGCUCAACGACGAGUUCCUGAUCCUCGCCUGCGACGGCAUCUUCGAUGUCAUGAACAACCAGGAGCUCUGCGACUUCGUACGGUCGCGGCUCAAAGUCACCUCCUGCUUGACCACCAUCUGCAACCAGAUCCUCGACGCGUGUCUAUCAAAGGGUAGCAGAGACAACAUGAGCGUCAUCUUGAUUACGUUGCCAGGUGCGCCGCAAGUUUCGCACGAGAAAGAGUUGGAAGAGGUGCUGUGUGACCGCAUUCAACGUAAGCUGUCUUGCUUCGACGACCACCGUUUGAUAUUCGCUACCUCUACUAUUGUAUUUUGCAGGCAUCGUAGAGCUUUGUGA